UCAAAUGUCAAAAAUAUUUUGUUUUGAAACUUUUGAAGGUUAUAAAUUCUCAUCUGUCUAAAAUCAAAACUAAAAAUAAUAAUAAUUAUAAGUUCACUGCAGGAAAUGCAUUCACCUUGUGCAACAGUGAAUACAUAUGUAAUUAUUUGAUGAUAGUUUGUGUAACAAUUAUGGAAGAAUAUCUGUUAGAUGAAAAUAACUGGAAGUUGGAAGCACAAAGUGUUAUUGGAGACAUUGGAAACCAUGUUAAAUUUGUUGCUAUAUCUGAAACACUGCUGAAUACCAACAAUAAGAUUUUCUUGAAUUUAGAAACCUUGGAGAAUAGAACUUUUUGUAUAGAAUUGUCUGCUAGUGGAUUUCGAAUAGUUGGCAAUGCAUUCAAUCAAAACAAUCUUGAUGAAUCAGAAUAUUACGAGACGCCUUACAGUCUUCUCAAUAGAAUCAGCCCUAUGUUCAGUGCGUCUUUUAGAGAUGAACUUCUGGAAAAAUUAGCUAAAGCUUGAGAAUACAGUUGGCUGAGGGUAUUUUCAACAUACUUAGUACUUGGUGUUGAUAUUCUACGUGGGGUAUCUGAACCAUAAUACAUAAGUAGCUUGAUAUUAUCUUUGUAUUAUUCUCAAGAAAUAAUAGAUAGAGAAUAUGACAAUAUGAUAUUGAAUAUCAUACUAUGAAAGAUUGUAUAAUAUUUUUGUCAUUGUGGCUGUACUGAGGAAAUAAAGUUGUAGAAGAAAU